UACGCAUUUUGCCUUGAAUAGAAGUCUUUUUCUUUCUUCCAUAACCCUUUUCUUCCACCGGUGCUGCAUUCUUCAGAGCUUCGUCCAAAGUGAAAUUGGUAAGUGAGAGAAAGUUGUAGUGCACGCCUUAAGAAGAAGGAGACCUCGUGAAGGGGGAGGCUGUUAGAAAUUGCAUUCUCAGGCAUGACUACUGCGGGGAAAUCAGCGAUGAUGGUGGAAGGCUCACCACAGUCAAAUGCGCGUGCUGGUGGGGUGUUUGCCUUGAAAAGGAAAGCAGAAUUUAUUAAAAGUGCAUCUCCCGUGCGUAGAAGUGGUAGGUUGAUGCUGGUACAACUUAAGCGGGAUGCUGAACAUGUGGAUUUAGGUGAAGAAAAGUAUGAUGGGUCCAAAGAUGCUGGUGACGUAGAGAAAGAGGAUAAGGAUGACGAUGAGGUUAUGGAUUGUGCUGGAAAUGAUGCUGAAGAUCCUGAGCAUGAGGGUGAUAGUUCUGAUAGUGACGAUGAUUUUGAGGAACCCCCAAAGAAGAAUAUGAGUGUGGAUAUCCCUCAACUUGUGAAUUCAAAAGUUGCAAUAGUGGUGAAGAAAAGGAAGGACGGGCUUCGGAAGAUGAAGGAAAAGUACAUGAGGAAGACGAGAUCUUCACCACAUGUGUUGCAGGGAGUGUUGGAUGCUCUGAAUAAGAUCCAAAAGCAGGAGAUAGAAACGAUUGGUUUCGGUUCUAUUCUGAGGUUACGGUUGACAGAGCUGCCUGCCAAAUUGGGGUAUUGGGUGAUAAAGAAUUUUAAUCUAAAGAGUAGCACACUUGAGCUUCCAAAGCAUGUCAGAUUGCAUAUGAGCAUAGAAGAUGUUGAGCAUGUGUUGGGCUUGCCGAGGGGAAAUAUUAAGAUAAGUAACAAAGCAAGGAGUGAGAAAUGUAGCUUGGUUGAGAAGUGGAGAGCAGAAUUUGGCAAGAAGGAUAAUAGGAUAACGCCGUUGGAGUUGGGUCAGAAGCUGUUGACAUACGAGGAGGGUGGGGUGUGGUUUGUUCGCCAUUUUGUGUUGUUGGUAGUGGCACUUCUCAUAGAUACUCCAAGCCAUGGUUACGUUAACCCUGCUAUGUUGAAGAACAUAGCUAACAUUGAUUCAGUAGUGAGAUUUAAUUGGUGUGAAUAUGUGCAUAGGACAUUGAUAGACAGUGCAAUCAGAUGGGAGGAUGGAAAGAGUAAAUACUUCACAGGACCAUUGAUGUUUCUGAUUGUUUUCUAUGUCGAUAGGGUGGUUCUUUACAAUAGGGAUGUGGAGAGGACAACACCUGCUUUUGUUGGCUGGAAAUCAAAGAUACUUAGGGAUAGAGAGAAUAAAGAAGUGAAGGGUGGUGGGUUUGGUUUGGGAUUUGACGAUGGAAGGUAUGUGUGUGAGAAAUCUGUAGCUGAGGAAAACAACGUGGAUGACAAUGCAAAGGGGGAAGAAGGCAUUGAGAUUGCUGCUGGAAGGUUACUGGGAUUAGUGAAUAAAAAUCCAAAAGAUGGUGUGCAGCCUGCGGAAUGUGCAUUUUCUGAAGUGUCUUAUGAUGAGUUCAUUUGGAGCGAUCCUUCAAAUAUCUCUAAGUUGGUUGCAUCAGAGGAGGCAGAGUUGGCGAGGAGGAAGUUCAAGCAGAUGGUGGCUGAUAUACCCUCCUUUAGCCUUGGCAUCACACAGGAUGGUGCCUUGCAAGGAAGUGUGUCGUUAAUGGAGGGUGCACCAGCUGAGGCGAUGAAGAACGAUGUUUAUGUGGAAUUGCAGAUUGCUGCUGGAAGGUUACUGGGAUUAGUGAAUAAAAAUCCAAAAGAUGGUGUGCAGCCUGCGGAAUGUGCAUUUUCUGAAGUGUCUUAUGAUGAGUUCAUUUGGAGCGAUCCUUCAAAUAUCUCUAAGUUGGUUGCAUCAGAGGAGGCAGAGUUGGCGAGGAGGAAGUUCAAGCAGAUGGUGGCUGAUAUACCCUCCUUUAGCCUUGGCAUCACACAGGAUGGUGCCUUGCAAGGAAGUGGUGAUCACCAUGUGGUUGAUGUUGGUAAUUGCAGCAACAGUCCAUUUACCCCUGUGCUUGGAGUUAGUAAUGUGAAUCAGGAACUCGCCAAUGCUUCGAAUGAACCGAGAGGGUGUGGUGAACCUGGAACUAACUUGCAUACGGAAGGUGGGGAAGCAUGUGGCCAAGGGUCGGCCAGUGCUACCAUAAGAAGACAUGAUCCAUCAGUAGAGGUGGAAAAGAGAAAUGAACAGCUGAAACCCGCUCGGGUAAUUAAACCAGCAGAAUCUCUACGUUCUCCGUACGUGACAAGAGCAGUGGAUUUGAAUGAUGGUUUGAGUACUGUAGAAAAGAGAUUGGGGAGAUGGAUAUUUAAAAACAGUAGUGCUCCAAGGGAGGAAGUUGUUUUUAAAAAGGGUAAGUUUUGGUUAAGUAGAGAAGAUAUUUGUAGUCUGGACAUAUUGAAACACAUUUCAAAGAAGGUGUUGGAUGCAUGGUGUGUGAUUUUAAAUCUUCGUGAGAAGUACCGGAGCAAUACCUCACCACUACGAUUGUUUGCAAAANUUUAUUUGUUCAAUGUUCUCUACAUUCGCAGGGAGGAAGUUGUUUUUAAAAAGGGUAAGUUUUGGUUAAGUAGAGAAGAUAUUUGUAGUCUGGACAUAUUGAAACACAUUUCAAAGAAGGUGUUGGAUGCAUGGUGUGUGAUUUUAAAUCUUCGUGAGAAGUACCGGAGCAAUACCUCACCACUACGAUUGUUUGCAAAACACUUGAUUGUAAGGUGUGACAUUCUGGACAGUUCAUCUGCGAAAGCCAAGAAUGAAGAGCGAUAUGGAGAAAUGCCAUCACUAGUGCUGAAUAUGUUGGCCAAUUUCUUGGAGCAUCAUGGAUUUAGAAGCAAGGCAGCCUGUAUACGUGAACUUCAACCUAAAAGAAUUGGGCUACCUUGGAGGGAUGCAAAGCAAGUGUAUGACUACGGGGUGGCAACAAUGCGUCACAUGGAGACAUACAUGGGAGAGGGAGCGAAGGGAUGGGAUUGUGGUCUGUCGAAGCUAAAUCACAAACCACUUUUGGUCCUACGUAUGAAGUACUGUGCAGCAAUUUUACUCCACGAGGUGAACGAGUUGAUGGAGAUGGUAGAAAAUGAGUCUUUUAAAAACGAUAAGAUGCUUAAGGGGAAGAAUGUUGAGUGAAAAGCAAUUCUGAUCCUCUGGUUUCGUGUUGUUGACGGGGUGUUUUUGUUGUUGUUUUGAGAACUAAGGGUUUUGUGUUUUUUGGUUGAUUUGUUUUUUGAGGGAGGAGCCAUUCCUUUACAUGACAUGGGUAUGUUGUUUUGGACGUAUGCAUGCGUUAGUAGUGGUAGGAUGAUCUUCUUUAUGUGACAGAUGUGUUUAAUGCUCUGAAUUAUGCACUACCCUUGGUAAUUCUUUAAUUGCCGUGUAUUUUAUUUAGAAAUCAACAGUGGAGUUCAUC